AUGGGCGGCCGCAAGGACCUGGCGCGGCUGCAGGCCGAGCUAGACAAGAUCUGCGCGGGCAACGGAGAUGCGGCCGCUCGCCGCGCCCGGGAGGCCCAGUUCACGGACUCUGCCCUCAAGCUUUUCAACGACCGACUGAGCGCGUUCGAGGCAGAAAUCGCCGCUCUAAGCGCCCGCAAACCACUACACAGCGACGGAGGCUCGGACGUCCCACCGACCGUGGUAGAUGCGCACCAGACAGACGGGAGCGCCGAUGAUGACGGGGCCUGCACGGGCGCGGACGGCGCCGGAGCAGGGCGGGGCGGCCACAUGGUGAUCGACAUGACGAUGGAGGACUCGGACGGCGGCGGAGACGGCGCGGCCCCAGCCGACGGCGCUCGCGCGGCCCCAUGGCAGCGCCCGCAUAAGCUGCACGCAGCGCCGAGGGCCGCGGCGCCUGCGCACGUGCGCCGCACCGGACGGAGCUCGCAGCCAGUGUUGUGGCCUGCGUUCCUGCCCGCUGCCCGCCGCGGACCGGAGCCACUCCACCUCGCCCCUGCGCAGGGGGGGUCUGCAAAAGACUCCGCUGCAGACCUCCACGCCAAGCUGUGCCUGACGGCGUAUCACUGCACGUCCGCCGACGCGGCGCUGGCGCUGCUCGGCAGCGGGCGCCUCCGGCGCGGCAGCGAGGCACAGGCUUGCAGCUUGGCAGCAGCGCUGCACGCAAUCGCAGACGUCGGGAGCUUCGACGGGGACAGCGACGCGAACAGGACGAUGGUGUGCAAGACUACCAAGGCUCUGCACGGUCUCCGGCGGAAGAUCGAAGCGGGCGUGCGCGCGGCAGCUCUGCGUUUCCGUGUCGCGUGCGCGGGCACAGCAGACGGCACGCGCCCCGUCGCGCACCACGCCUUCCGCCGAACGACGCGCGGCAGUCGCAGAGUGCCCCCGAAACUGUGCCCCUCUCCGCAUCUGGAGCAGCUCGUCACCUUCGAGCGCCUCGUCCUCACCGACGACGGCACGCUGCGGCUGGGCCCCGGCUCGCUUCUGCGGUGCCUUGCGGCGGGGCUCGUUGCCAAGCUCAACCGGCCCGAGCUGCUGCUGAUGCCCGGGGGCACGGAGCUGCGCGUGACGCCGGCGCUGCUCGCGGGCCUGCUCUUCGAGGCGGAGGUCAUGUGCAGUCCGAAGAACGCGAGCCUGACUCUGGAAACCAAAGGCGUCCGCUUGGUACGACUCCGCCAUAUGUUCGACGCCUACGUCAGGCCGCUGACGCAGCUGCCGGACGGCGGCGGCGUGCUGCUGCCGCGAGCGCAGGUGGAGGCGUGGCUGAACGGAGUCGGGUGGCUGCCGGCGGCGUUCCGCGUGCCUGAGUCGGACCUGCCGCAAUGCUUGUACAUCUCGGGGCGCCCCGCGCGCGGCGCCGACGAUCAUUCUGUGGGCGCCGAGGCGGAGCUGACGCCGCGGAUCGAGAUGUGCUUGGCGGAAGACAUGUGCACCCCCGUCAGCAACAAGCAGGCGUUCGGUGCGAGCCUCGCUCGGCUGAUGCGGACGCGCCACAUGUACGACGCGUACGUGCGCCCGCUCAUGUCGCUCCCGGACGGCGGCGGCGUGCUGCUGCCGCAGGAGUACGUGGCGGCGUGGCUGCCGGGCGUGAACUGGGUGCCGGCGGCAUUCCGCGUGCCGAAGGUGGACAUAACGCUCUGCUCCUCCGCAAAGGCAUUCUGGAAGAUCAACGAUGAACGGCGCAAGCGGAAGCGCGGCCGCGAGGACGACGGCACCUCCGGACGGGACUCCGACGCUGAGCAUCACACGUGGAAGCGCGCCUGA